UUAUUCCAGCAACAGAGUACGUGAUUUACACAAAUACAAUGUCAUUAAAAUCUAAUCAACUACUGAUGACACAGAACUAUCCGCUUAUCCUCACAAUGGUCGCGGGUAGUGUGGAAGCCUAUCCCAAAUGUCAACGGCCAGGAGCCGGGUUACACCCUGGACUGGUUGCCAGCCGAUCGCAGGGCACAUCGAGACAGACAACAGCCGCACUCACAAUCAUGCCUAUGAGCAAUUUAGUGUCCUAUUAAUCUUGCAUGUUUUUGGGAUGUGGGAGGAAACCGUAGUGCCCGGAGAAAACCACAUAGGCACGGGGGAGAACAUGCAAAAUCCACACAGGUGGGUCCGGGAACGAACCCGUGACCUCAGAACUGUGAGGCCAACGCUUUACCAGCUGCAUCACCGUUUUGACCUGCAGGGUCCAGUCGCCUUAAAAAAUGCUCAGUGGCUUGAGAGCAUUGAAACACCAGUUGUAUAUUUUGCUAUUUUAAGAGAACAACUGAACAAAAAAAAGAACUGAAAAAUUAAGUCUGACAUGUUUAAAAGGCCAAAUUAAAUUUAGUUGUAAAGUUUAUAGUGCUAAUCAUCUAAAUGCUAUUUCGUUAGUUAGCUCUGUCAAUCAAAUAUUCUUCAGAAAGUUCUUUGCAACGCUGGUGUGGAAGUUUUUAUUACCUAACUAGUCAUUGGCAGAUUACAAACAAAAAAAGAAAAACAAAUGGCGGUGAGGAAAAGGCCCAGCAGGAGGAACGAACAUUGGAGGACGAAGUGGCAUCGUCACAAUGACGCCCAAUUCCUUGGGAGGCAGUCGUUCUCCUAUUGUUACACAGCAGGGAUGAGAUCCACCACCUAUGAUCCUCUAACAGCAGUUAAGUAGCGAGAGAGGUGGUGGUGCGAAAGCAUCGCUUUGCUGCUGUGUCAGGAUGAAGAAACUUUUCAAGUUCCCGAAGAGGAAGACCUCAUCGAUUGACGCGGCUGAAAAUGCUUCCAUUGCCAGUGACAUGAGAGAAAACGAGAUGGGCAAGUUUCACAAGGCCGCUUGGCAGGGCGACCUGGCCAAGCUGGAGCAGCUCGUCAAAAUUGUUGAUGUCAAUCACGUUGACAAGCAGAACAGAACGGCACUUCAUGUCGCUUGUGCUCGUGGAAACGUCGAGGUGGUGAAAUUCCUUAUAGAGAAAAACGCCCAGAUCAAUUUAUGUGACAAUCAAAAUAGGUCUGCUUUAAUGAAGGCAGUGCAAGAACAGCGUGAGCUAUGUGCCAACAUCCUGCUGGAAAACAAAGCUGACCCCAACUUGAUGGACUCCGACGGAAACACAGUUUUACAUUUGGCCUCAAGUAUCCCGUUAAUCUCCACCGUCAUCUUGCUUGUGAAACAUGAUGCUGACAUCAAUGCCAAAAAUCUGGAGGGCAUUUCACCCCUGACUGUAGCAGUCCAAGAAGACAACAUAGAAGUAGCAGAGUAUCUGUUGAAGAAGGGCGCCAAUGUUAAUAUUUUGGACAGACAUCGAAGGACACCAUUAAUGAUGGCUGCAGGCAACGGACACGUCGACAUGAUGCGGCUUCUCUUCCAGUUUAAAGCCAAUGUCGACCUGACGGAUAGCAAAGGACAGUCGGCCGCAGACUACGCUGAGAUGGAAUACCAUGAUCAUUGUAGCCUCCUUAUAGCCGAGCACAAGAAGAAACAGGCGGCCCCCGCCCAGGUCCAUUCAAGUCCAAGUAAAAAGCCGUCCAAAUCAUUUGAGCGAGCCCCCAGCAAAGAUGCUGUAAGUGUUGACCGUGUGAGUUCAGCAAGUGCACGUAAGGAGGAUUCCAAACAAAAAGAGUGUGACAUGACCCAACUGUUGAAGAUCUUGAGUCAACUUGGAAAGGAUAAAAGUGAAAAGUUUGACCUUGAAGAAAUUGGUUCAGACUAUGACAAAACCAGCAACACCAGUAAAAGAACUAUGCCUGAAGGCUCCAUGGUCUCUCAGAUAUCUGAGGAAUUCCCAGAAUGCUCCACUUCCUCUAUGGAGGUGAGGGACCCAGAGGUGCAUCCAAAAGCAGCCGAAAGGAACAUCUCAGACGUGAUACACUUGAGUCCAAAGCCGCAGCUUCGUUCAAAGAAGCCACUUUUGGAGAGUGACAAGUCCGAUUUUGACCAUGAUGUGAUAUUUGUAUCAUGCUUCGAGGGCAAGGCGGAGGAACGCCGUCGUAAGGGAGUGGUUGGGCCAGGCUCCCCUUGUGCCUCAAUAUUGUCAAGAGACCUCAGAAGUCAAUUGCAAUCUGACACUCCAGUAAGCAGAAAACCGAAGGGGAGAAAGACCGAGUGGUCUUUUCAGGUUGCCAAAGAUGCCGCUCAGAUCGUUUCUAUGAAAAAUCAAAGUAAUACCAGUGACAUUGGUGGAAGGGGAUCCGACGGACAUGCGAGUGAGAAAACGGAGACUUCAAUGAGCCGCAAAGAGAGUUCAUUGAGAAGCAAGGAGAUGUCAACUCAAGCUGAAACGCCUUUGCCUCCAAAGAAGCAGGCACCAUCUGCCGGUGCCAGGCCGCUUGGGGAAUCGCCGAUGCCACAUCAGCGGUUCCCCAUUGCAAACAAGCCCGAUGAUCAGACUGUAGAGAAGAUCUCACAGCUGGCAGUGGUUAGCAAGACCCGCCCUGCUAAAGUCCUUCCAACCACCAAAGACCUUGCUGUGAAUGAUGACAGCACUUUAAGUGAUGUGUCGGAUGACGAAGGAAGGUGGCAAGCCAAACAAAAGCCAAAAAAACAGCGCAUCGACGAAAUGGAGAUCUCUGAAGAGCUUGAUGAGAUUACGUCCUCAUCAGACUUGACUCUGGAUGAAUGUGAGCUCCCCGCUCCUACGCAUCAGGGCACGACCUUCAUCCCGGCGAACCUCUCUCCUUCAGAACGCCCAUUUAAGAUGAAGCUGGAUGCCUUCAUGGGGCAACAAAAUAAGCUCCCUGUGCUGAAGCCAAAAGACCAUCACAGCUGUGCUGAGAAGCUGACCAAACUAAAAAAUGAAAAGGCAGAAUUAAAGAACAAAAUUGAAGAGGUUAAAGAUGAUCAGUGUGCCAUGGAGCAUAAACAUAUGCAAAUGGAAAAUGAAAUCACAAACCUCAGAUUGUCGACAAAACAACAGCAAGAAGAUUGCCUUAAUACCAUUAGGAUGGCUCAUAUCAACAAUGAGAAGCUUGAGGAGGAACUCCGGCAGGCCCACGUACAGUUGUCUCAGGAACGCUGCACGAAUGCGCAGCUGCAGCAAAAGUUAAAGAGUCAGGACUGCAAGCAACAUACCAUGGAAGAGGACUACAAAAGAAUCAAACACAAUGAGGAACAUCUAAGAACGGAACUCGAGGUCACCCAGGCGCACAGCAGCACCAAACAAAGAGACCUCGCAGAGGAGAAUGAAGCUCUCAAGGAGCAGCUCGAAGAUAUUCGUCAAGAUCUCAGACUUACCAACGACAACCAGGCCCAAAGUGUUUUGGAAUGGAACAAUAUGAUUACAGGAUUAAAGUGCGAAGUGACGUUAGCGAAUGCGCGACUGGAGGCGCAGUAUCAGGCCCAUAGCGUAUUGGAAGCAGAGACUCAGGCCCUCCGUGCCCGUCUGGCGGAGGCCGAGCAACUUCGGUCCGAGAUGGAGAAAGCUUUGCUUCAAGAGAAGGAGGAACAGCAGCGACUUCGAGACAAACUUGCAAGUGAGAUAGCCGGUCAACGAGAGGCAGUUGCCAAACUGUCCCAGAAGCUGGCAAAGGCGAAGGCACAUGGCAACACAAUGGAGAACGAGGUGCAUCGAGUGGAGUCGCAGCUGAUCGAAAAGAACGCGCAGAUCGGCACCACGCAGCGUGAAAUGGAUUUGAUAAACGCGCACGUGAAAGAGCUGGAAGGUCUUCUGCAGACCGAAAAGGACCUGGUCAGCUGGGCCGGAGCGCGCCAAGAGGCCACGCAGGAGCUCCUCGGCCAGGCCCAGAGUGAAGGCAUAUUGCUGCGGCAAAAGCUAGAGGAGGCCCAAAAGCAGUGCGUCGCAAAGGAGCUCGCCGUGACGGAUGCCCAAAAGUGUUUUACCGAAAUUCUGGCCAAGCUUCGCUCUGACUGUGAAGACAGAGUACAACUCGUGCAAGACCGCAAUCAGGAUCUCGCCACGAAGGCGGCUGAACUUCGAGAACAUAUCCACCAGUUGCAGGAGGAGAAAAAUGAAAGAGAGGCUAGUCUGAGGCAGCUGCAGGCGGAAUUAGCCGACUCAUUGAAGAAGCUGUCAAAGUGUGAAGCUUCUCUGGAGGUCUACAUGCGAUAUCGCAGCGAAGCCGAGGAAGAGAAAACUCGGCUCCACAAAGAAGCGGACAGGUUUAAAAGAAAGAUGGAAGAAAAAGAAUCCCAUUUCAUACAAGCCGAGAAACAGGUGACCGAGCUCAGGAGUCGUCUCGACGAACGGGAGCAACAACUCAUCAUCGCCGCUCAGAAACAGAAGGAGGCGCUGUCUGUCGCGGCUGCCACCAAUAUAUCAGUCAAACAGCUGGAAGAGGCUGUGUACAGGCUAAAAGCGCUACUAAAGGGUGCUAAGAAGAAAUUGCAAGAUUACCGAGCAAGUGAACUAGAGAGAGAAAAGGCCAAAGAGCUGCAGGCCGAGCUGAAUAGGCAAAUGUCCUUCCGAAGCCUUUUGGAGAAGAAUAAAAAGCAGUUGGAGGAGGAGGUGCAGAGCCUGCGACGCAGAAUGGAGUCCAACACGGUGGAGCACAAGCACGUGGAGCAGUACCGCCGUGAGAUCGAGGAAAAGGCCCGGCAGGAAAUACAGAAAAAAAUACAUGAGGUCAACCUAUUUUUGCAGUCCCAGGCAGCAACACAGGAGGCUCAGGACCAGAUAAAAGCCACAACCGAGGUCAGCCUGCGCUCCAAGAUCCAAGAACUGGAGGGCGAACUGAAACGAGCUCGAAGCAUCCAGCAUGACACCAUCGCCCAAAGGGACGCCUUGCACAAAGAGCUGAAGCGCUACCGACAGAUGCACAGAGAGGAGCAGUGGCUCCGCAAGUCGCUCUCUAACGACCUCAAAAGGACUAAUAGUCGGCUCACAGAAGCCAAUUCCAAAUUGCUCAGCGAGCGCUGCAAGUCUCUCGUCUCGUCGGGCACCACAAGUUCCAAUGGCGCCUUGCCUUCUACCUCAGGCACAACGGCGGCGCCGUAUAGGAUGCGGAACUCGAGGAUCCUCAACCCUGUGGCUGAAGGGCAGGGCAGCAAUGUGGACGAUUACCUGUCCAAGAAAUCAAAGCAGAGUAAAAUCUCCUGUUCCCUUCGCUCCGAUCUCCUCGGUGACCACAGAAAGUCCUCCUGGAAGUAACAGAUUGAAGGAAAUCGAAGACGACGAACAAGGGGUUGAGCUCGAGGAUGUCGCCGGAGAGAAGCAACAGUGCUUCGAGGGUCCUGAAGAGCAACCACCAGAGAUGUCCGAGCAGGAAUGACCAGCUGAUGGAGAUGUGACUGCAGAACUUCACGAGCCGUCAGAUCCGACGCGCCUCGACUUGAUCUCGCAGAACCUGGCUGCUGCUGGCUGUCGGCUCUUUUUAUAUGAAUAAACGCAUACGGAGAGCAUGGCCCGAGCCCGUAAUUGCUCUUGUGAUCUUGGCGCUACGUUUUAAAAUACCGACCGCACCGACCUCCUCGUCCCGUCACGUUCCACCGAGGUUACGAUUUCCCUUUAACGGAGAAAAAGUAAGCACACGACAAUGCACAUUGCACUUAAGCACUCACGCGAUCAGCCACAGUCUUGAACACACAAUCUAAUGUGAUAAAGUUGGGGAAAAAAAGGCCUGUUUCUUGAAAUUAUGAGAAACAGAUACGCCACUGCCAAGUACAACCGCAAGAAAUAUUAUUACCUCCCUUGGCAGUGUCCACCCGAGUAUAACGAGGCCAAAAUGAUCAUAAUCUCAUUAGAUUGCAAAUUGAACGCAUGGUGGCUAAUCGGUGUGUGUAUCUACUACAUGCUGUAUGUUGCAUAAGAGCUAUUAUUUUUAUAAGCAACAUAGAGGGCCGAUUUUUAUACAUAAUCCUGAUUGAGGAUUUUUAUCUUGUUUGUUAUUGCUGUUUUUGAAUUUGAUGUAUGUAUCAUUUCUAAUUUGAUAUGUGCCAUCAGAAGGGGGGGAAAUGCCUCUUGGUUUUCAUUCAAAAUUAUUUUUUUAGGGGACUGGGGAAUGCGACUUACUAUGAUAUUGCUGCAUUUCUACUGACAUUUAUGUUUUCUUCCCUGUGUUUGGUUCUGGCAUUGGAUUUCUGUAAAUAUUUUGUGGUCUUGUAAAUAGAGAGGAAUAUUGUAAAUCCUGUCAUGAACGGCAAGUUGUAAAUAAAUGUGUGCAACAGCCGUAACUGGAGUAUUUUAAGUAAACACG